CACACGGCCGUACCCGGACUGUAGCACUGAACAUAGGCGGUAGCUUCAAAGACACCAUGUGGCCAAUGAAGCUGGAUAUGACUCGCGAUGAAUGCCGCGGUGUUCUUCGGCGGCUUGAACUCGAAUCGUAUGGUACUAUCGUAAGUGCGUUCCGGGCUCAAGGAACGCUGUGCAAGGAGAAAUCCCGGAUAUUGGAAGACUUACGGCGUGUGCUGCACAUAUCUACCGAUCGACAUCGAGCAGAAGCACGGCGCGUCGCAAACGACGAGCGCCUAAAAACGGUAGCUGAAAUUGUUUGGGGACCGAACAGUUCGCAGGAUUGGCGUCGGGAAGGUCAUCGUUCGUUCCCCGUUCUUCCCCGGACGGUGCCACACACGGCCCUCAGCUAUAUUGCCAACACGGUAUAUGAGCAACUAACGCGUGCAAACUCUAAACUACCGCAUCCCGCUAAAACGUCCUGUGAUCGAUUUGGCAAAGCUGAAGGGGUGUAUAAAUUCGAGUUGAUCAAAAUGGAAUCUACGCUUGCUAAGAAAGGUUUCGAACGUGACGCAGCAAUCGUGACUUCAGACCCGUUACAGCACAUAAUGUCCAGAAGCUAUAUCGAGAAUGAUAUGGCGCAGGUGGAAGCAGCGAGGAAAGCGAAACAGUCACAGGAUGAGUUGCACGAACGUGCAAUUCAAGAGACGCAACCCGACGAAAAUGGUGUUUCUGUGACCGAAAACACAAUUUCUCCUGUCAACGAACAUCCAUCCCUGAGUGACAUAUUGUUGGACACUAUAAAGGGAGGAGGAACCCAUAGCAAACUAGAGCAGUGCAAAGCAUACGGUGGCAAAUCGACCGGUAAAACAGGGGAGCGUACGAGGAAAAAUUCCCAAGGAGCCAAACGGCCGGCGAAAGUGAAAUCCCCUUACCCGUCAGGAAAACCGUCCAAGUUCGGGUCUUCCAAGGCGAGCAGUUUACACAGCCCCCACUUGAUUCACUCUUACGCAGUUCCGUACGAUGUGGCAACGACUACCAGCAACGGUGCACCGAGUGCGGAAAACGUGCCACAACUGCAGCAACACUUAACAUCUAAUAUGCCAUAUCCACAGCAGAAUGCAAAUCACCCAGCGAUACCCGGUGGACAGUUGAUAAAAUCGCAGCAAUAUCCGCCAUCGUGCAACUUCCCACCACAGUCAGUUGCCGGAACGUCAACGGUGUUCUCCUCGUCUCCGCUCCAGGCAUCCGCCAAUGUGUGUACACAUCAGAAGUGCAUAUUGCCGUCUUCGAAAAAGGAUAUUCAGUACAACCUUUCGAAGCUUAAUCCGACCUACAGCAGCGUUAGUGGUUCUGUGCGGGGCGAUAAUGUGCAUUUUCCUGCGCGAUCUGCAAAUCAUGUGCAUGGCAAACCACUCCUGCCGCAUCCGUUAUUGAAUUAUCACAAAAAAUCGCCUAGCAAAAACAUUCUUAUACCCACAUCGACUGCUGCGGCCACGUUGGCCACUUUGGGUCUGCCGAAACCGCUGCAUCCCCCGCUACCGGAGCAUUUGAACCACUGGGACAUUGGCAGUGCUGGUGCUAAGACUUGCGAUAGCAACGAACAAGCAAACCACACGAAACUACACCACUCACAGGAAAUACCGGAUCCGAAAGUGAUCUUUUCCACUGUCCCCGCUGUUCCAGCACCCUACAAUGUGGAAGAAAGUCUUCGGCGCGUGGUAGAGGCAGAGAUCAGAGAGGGAUCUUCUGUGGCUACGAAAACGGAAUCAAAACCUAGUCACCUAAACGGUGCGCCAAACAACUCCACCGGUGGUAACACACCAGUGAAGGUUGGAGCUUUAGCAGGUCAUGUUUUGAAAUCUUCGGCAAUUAAGGCAACUCCGCUUCUCACUGGGUUCACACCAGUCAGCGGUGGCAAUAGGCUCUCGGUACACAAAACACAACUAAUGCCACUCGGAGGAAGUGCAGCGGCUCCUUCCGUAGCAACGGGCGCUGCAGCAGUUAAAAAGAAUAAUGUAUUCAUUCUACCAAAACCCAGUCCCACCGGAACGCUUAACACCACGGGUAUAAAAAUGUCCCUUCCCAGAAGUGCCGUGGACUUGGCGCAUCCGGUAACACUCGUGACACGCAGCCCACCGAAGGUGAUCGUUCAAUCUGUCCCAGAUCUGAACAAUGUUGUCACAUUCGAUCCUGGCCAAGAGAAAUCAACUAAACCGCCCGUUGAAAAGGAGGUAGCCGCCAAUGACGACGACAAAUCGAGGGUUGAUAUGACCAAGAUAUCAACAGAAAGCGCCGCAGCAGAACUCCCUCUGCGCCGCAGCAGAACUCCAAACGAUGGAGGACUACCUAUGAGAAAGAUUACAAUUGCCAGCAGCCAGUUGGUACCUUUCAAAGGCACGUUGCAUGGGACAACGCUGCCAUUGAUUGUCUCUCCCGUCGUACCCAGUGCAAAGAAGCUAAAGCUUUCUACCGAGAGCAUGUCUCAGGUUACUUUGCCAGCCGAUACCGAGGCAGCACGUGACUGGGAGCAGGAGUUGGACCGCACGAAAAGCACUUCUUCAGCACCUGUUCAAAAAACGAACGUGUUGGUCCGUAAUAUCGAUGCAGAAAUUAUAUGUACUACCAGCAGAACGGGGGGGUUUCACUAUGCCAAUACCGACCGCGAUCGCAUUUCCCUACGCCCGUGUGCCUUUAGUGCUGGUGAAACGGUUACAGCACUGCAAAAUGAGUAUGAGGCAAACUGCACGGAGCGUGGCGAUGAUUCAUCGGCCACUGAUUCGGCCGCCGCGGAAGAAGACCUGGACGAUGAGACAAGCAGAAUAGAGGAUGAAAACGACGGGAUUGAGGAUAACGACUACGAGGAGGAGCAUACAGUCAACGCCGAGGACAUUACCGACGAUUUAUAUAUCGAAGAGGAUCACAACUUAGACGCGCUCAUCGAGGAAGAUCCGGAGGAAGACAGUUUCGUGGACGAUGGCAUCGAGGACGAACGGAUCGAGAUUGUUAACGCAAGCUACAAUUCGUCUCGGCAGCUGGUGUCGGAACUGGAAGGCACAGAGGAACAUUUUUUCAGGGAAGAGCAUUCGGAAACGAACGGUAUAUUGGUGGUACCGGCGGCCAUAAACUUCGAGCAGUGCAGCGACGUGAUCGAGACGAUUGAAAACGGUGAUCUGCACGAACCGUCGAUCGAGUCGAAGGAUGAAAUCGUCUGUGAGCUUUUGGAAAUUGAUGCAGACGGCAAUCACCACACGCGCCAAUUCUCCUACGAACAAGCGCUGGCUGAAGGGCUUACUUUGCUGCCGCGGAUUGGUAAAACGGCUCACAAGGUUAACCCGUCAGUGAGUUAAUGUGCCGUUCAGACAAAACCGCAGUACCGAGAACCGAGUACCGCAGAUGAAAACGAGCAACGCGGGUUCGACUGCCAAAUGCAACGUAGUUACAGACUAUUCUAAACCCACACUAUACUUGGGCGCGAUGUUUGAGAUUUGUUUUUGCUAUUUAUUUUCGGUCGCGCAUUCGCCCCGAUCACCGUUUCUGUACAUAGCUAGAAGGAAACAAUCAAAUUGUUCAUUUUCUUUAUUAUGUCUGACACCGAAAGCUCAACAAUGAUUAGCUACUUUGGGAUAGGGAGUUAGUUUUAAAGUAAUAUAACAAUGCAGAAGGGGUUUGAAUGCUUGAAUAUACGGCAUGUACUCAUCGUCAUAUACCAUGAUGCACAAUUCAUUAAACUUAUGCUACCUAUGCUUGGAAACUUUAAUGCAUUCUCAUGCGGUAAG